UUUAAGAGACAAUUACUUUCCCACCAUCAAACUGUGGAGAAAAUCUGACUGACUUUGAACUUCAUACUUCAUAACACGACGACUUUCCCUCAGAAAAAUGCUGAAAUUUCAUAAUUCUGAUCUAUGGAUUGCUUGGCUGGUCUGCUUUUGUGUGAAUGUGUGUGUGCGUGCUCUAGAAGUGACGGUGAGUCAGAGCAGCGUUCAGGUGGCCAGAGGUCAGGCGGCUGUCCUGCCCUGUACAUUCACCACCAGCGCCGCCCUCAAUAAUCUCUACAUCAUAUGGAUGGUCACGCCGCUGGCCAACGCCAACCAGCCAGAGCAGGUGAUCAUCUAUCAGGGCGGGCAGGUCUUCAGUUUAGCCAAUCACAUGAACGGGCGCGUGGGCUUCGUCUCCACCAUGCCCAGCACAAGUGCCUCGAUCUUCAUCAAUAACACGCAGCUGUCGGACACGGGGACGUACCAGUGCCUGGUCAACAACCUGCCCGACCGCGGGGGGCGCAAUAUCGGCGUCAUCGGCCUCACUGUGCUGGUUCCUCCGUCCAUCCCGUCCUGUCGGAUUCAGGGUUCGCUGGACGUGGGCAGUGAUGUGAUGCUGUUGUGUGGUUCAGACGAGGGCAUCCCGACGCCCACCUACGCUUGGGAGAAGCUGGAGUCGGUGCCCAAACUGCCCCACAAUGCCAUGCAAGAUCAGAUGCAGGGUACGGUCACACUGAGGAACAUCAGCACCAGCACAUCUGGACUGUAUCAGUGCAUGGCAUCAAACGCCAUCGGAAAGAGCACCUGUGUCCUCAACCUGCAGGUCGUGGCUCCGCAGCCUCAGAGCAUCGGUCUGAUCGCAGGAACCAUCACCACUGGCAUUCUGGCGCUCAUCAUCUGCUCUUUACUGGUGCUCGUCACGCUCUUCUACUGGAGAAACAAGAACAAAUACGAGGAGGAGGAGAUUCCCAACGAGAUCAGGGAGGACGAUCUCCCUCCGAAGAGAUCCUCAUCGGUCAAAGCGUUCCAAGCGGACGCCUCGUCUUCAGAGAACGACACGCUGACGUCCACCAACACCUACAACAGCCGCUACUGGCACAACCCCAAACCCAACUACGACACCAACUCCUACACGCGCUACAACGGCGACACGCGGCAGACCUUCAGCAGCGGAAACACGCCGUACGCUAACGGCAGCCACACCCAGCCGCCGCCCAAGACUCUGGUGGUCACCACAAACUCCGCCCCCUCUCCGCCCGUCAUGGCCCACAGUAACGGCUCUCUGAGCCUCCGCCCGCCGGCCGCUGCGACGCCAGCCGUGACGCUCGGACAGCAGCACACGCACACACACUCGUACGCCGUGAGCCAAGCCACGCUGGAGCGCAUGGGUGCCGUCCCCGUCAUGGUGCCGGCGCAGAGCAGAGCCGGUUCACUCGUCUGAUGCCACAAAACUCUUUUAUAACCGAGUUCAGCUGAUGCCAACUAAAACUGCUCCAUUAACGUCCUGCGUUGUUUUUCAUAUUGCCUGUUUGCUUGUUACUUUUUUUUUUAAGUUGAAAAAACUGGCUUCGUUGUAAGAGCCCCAAAAUCACGUAUUUCUCAGCCCCUUCACCUCUUCCAGAGAAGAUAUCUGAAUGUGCAUGAUGCUUCGUUUGAUUCGAAUACAGCUUACUGCUUUCUAACACUGGAAUCAAAGAGUUACAGUAGAGGCCAAAAUGAUUAGAACACCAGUAUUUUCAGCAGCUAAAAAU